AUGAUGCUCACAAGAAAAGAAAAUGUAGGGGCAUUAAGUAGUGUUGGUAAUUCUUCAUCAAAUGUAAUAUCAAGACGUCGACGUGUUAGAAAUGAGAUAUCAGAAGAACAAAAACAGGAAAUAAAGGAAGCAUUUGAACUCUUUGAUACUGAGAAGACUGGUAAAAUUGAUUAUCAUGAAUUAAAGGUAGCAAUGAGAGCAUUAGGAUUUGAUGUAAAAAAAACUCAAGUACUAGAAAUAAUGCGUGAAUAUGACAAGAAUGGUAGUGGUUAUGUUGAUUAUAAAGAUUUUAUGGAGAUAAUGACACAAAAGAUACUAGAACGUGAUCCUAAAGAGGAGAUAUUGAAAGCAUUUAAACUUUUUGAUGAUGAUAAUACUGGAAAGAUAUCUUUAAAAAAUCUUAGAAGAGUUGCAAGGGAAUUAGGUGAAAAUAUAUCAGAUGAUGAACUACAAGCAAUGAUUGAAGAAUUUGACAAAGAUAUGGAUGGUGAGAUAAAUGAAGAGGAAUUUCUGUCUAUAAUGAAACAAACUAGCUUGUAUUGA